GCCGGCAUGCCGCCUCUGAUUAGGGCUGUCAGCAUCGGUCUCCCUACCCAAGGCUCUUACACACUCUCUGCCUAUCAGCCCAAGGUACGGUACUGUAGGUAGGUAGGUAGUAACCUGUAAGGAGUCGAUGUGAGAAUGCCGCUGUCCUCAACGCUCCCAUUGCUU